GAGUGGGGAGCAACGGUCUGUUGCCAUAGUUACCCCUAAAGAGAAGGCGAGACUGCUCACGUGACCUGGCAAGAUGGCGACUACAAUGCAGAAUGGGAUGUAAGUGAUCUGAGUCCCGGGGGGUCCGGAUUGUGGACGGAUUUGGCAACUGCUGGUCAAUUGUUCAUCAUACCUGGUGAUCAGAAUGGCCUUAAAUGUCUUCGAUCACGAUGAGUACCGGCCGCCAGUCUGGAAAUCUUACCUGUACCAGCUCCAGCAGGAGGCGCCGCACCCUCGCAGGAUCACUUGCACAUCAGAGGUGGACAACCGGCCGAAGUACUACGGGAGAGAGUUCCACGGGAUGAUCUCCAGAGAGGAGGCCGAUCAGCUGCUGAGUCAGGCUGAAGGAAGCUACCUGAUCAGGGAGAGCCAGAGGCAGCCGGGGACAUUCACUCUGGCUUUAAGGUUUGGCAACCAGACGAGGAACUUCCGUCUCUACCAUGACGGGAAACACUUUGUGGGAGAGAAGCGGUUCGAGUCCAUCCAUGACCUGGUGACUGACGGCCUCAUCACGCUCUACAUCGAGACCAAGGCAGCGGAGUACAUCGCCAAGAUGACCAUAAACCCGAUCUACGAACGUGUCGGCUACACCACGCUGAACCAGGAGCCCGCUCUGAGGAAACUGCUGCCGCUCAGCCCGGAGACGUCCGACGGACCCGUCCCCGUCAGGGACGGCCGAGACAGAGAGGAGAGGCUGACGUCUCUGGUGCGGCGGGCCACGCUGAGGGAGAGCGACAUGGUGCCCAAGUACGAGAAGGUCCACAACUUCAAGGUUCACACAUUCAGAGGACCCCACUGGUGUGAAUAUUGUGCCAACUUCAUGUGGGGUCUGAUCGCUCAGGGGGUGAAAUGUGCAGACUGUGGGCUGAACGUCCACAAGCAGUGCUCCAAAGUGGUUCCCAACGACUGCCAGCCGGACCUUCGGCACGUCAAGAAGGUCUACAGCUGCGACCUGACCACGCUGGUCAAAGCCCACAACACCAAGAGGCCCAUGGUGGUCGACAUGUGCAUACAGGAAAUCGAAGCAAGAGGUCUUCAGUCUGAGGGUCUGUACAGAAUAUCAGGCUUCAGUGAGCUGAUCGAGGACGUCAAGUUAGCCUUCGACAGAGACGGAGAAAAGGCAGACAUUUCCUCAAACGCUUACGAGGACAUCAACAUCAUCACCGGCGCCCUCAAGCUGUACUUCAGAGAGCUGCCCAUUCCCCUCAUCACAUAUGAUGCCUACCCACGGUUCAUAGAGACUGCAAAAAUCGCCGACGCAGAAAAACGACUGGAAUCUCUCCAUGAGGCCUUGAAGCUGCUGCCGCCAGCCCACAUCGAGACCCUGAGAUACCUCAUGGCUCACCUCAAGAGGGUCACCGACUACGAGAAGGACAACCUCAUGUCCAGCGAGAACCUGGGUAUCGUCUUCGGCCCCACGCUGAUGAGGGCCCCAGAACUGGACGCCAUGACGGCGCUCAACGACAUCCGAUACCAGAGACUGGUUGUGGAGACGCUCAUUACCAAUGAAGAUGUGCUGUUCUGAGAGCAGGAAGGAGGCUCUGGAACAAUGAACAAGACCAAGGAGGAAUAUAUGUCUUGAAGGACGUUUGUUUUAUGAAGGAAGGGCCCGUUUACUUUUAAAAGAAUCAGGUGUUGCCCCAUUUUUUUUUUUGUUGUUUUUUUUUAUGUGAUGUUUUGCAAUCAGCAAACUUGAAGAUGGUUAAGUUUUCGACAGGUAUUGAAAGCUGAAACUCUGAGCCUCGUCAGGUGAGAAUGAAGAACCGUAGCAAGUGCCCGUGUAGGGGAAACACUGGGAUUUGUCUUUAUUUCGUUUGGUUUUUAAAUCGGAUGCCUUGAAAGUUUUAUCUUAAGUUCCUUUUUCUGUUUAUCUUAAAAAACAUCUUAAUUGCGCAGCAAAGCCCAUAAAAAAAGGUUACAUUUCUAUAUUAUUUGGACAUUAAACGUUAGCAAAAAGGAAGGGGAGUUUGUGUUUGGUUGAUUUAGAUUUUUGUCUCUUAGUUGUAACAGUGCUUUACAAGUUUAAAUAACUGCACAUUUGUGAGGAAGUACAUUAGCGGGAUGAGCAGCAGAAAUGAGAACGAGGGUCUCACCCAUGAGAAACUAUCAACAUCUUCUCUCCCAAACAAAUUGUUCUGCUACUGACUCUUCUUUUUAGCUUCUGGUUCUCCAGAUGCUGAUAAUCCUCAAGCACCGGUGUCGGCAACAUCUGCACCACUAUUGAGGGUCCAAGUUAAACACAUUAAUUAAUGUCACAUUGUUUUUUUGUAAUCUCAAUCCAAUAAACAGCACCAAGCUCGGAUCAAUGGGAGGGUUAGCUACGCGUUUCACUCUCUGCUGCUCAUUUCCUAGCAAGUAAGGCACCAUUUAAAGGGAAAUAAGCAGAAAGCAUUUUUACAACAAAGUCACAAUCAACCAAACCGGACUUUUCUUUAUUUUGAGAUGAUUUUCAAUAAUUUAAAGAUAAACAAAUCUGCAAUGUAAUUUUUUUUAAUAUCCUUACCAUUGCCUUGGAGAGGAGAUCACUUUCCUGUCCUCAUUAUGAAGUCCUCUAGGAAAGAAGCAGUAGCGGCUUCCUGAAAGUCGACAGCAGGAUGAAUGAGCAACUCAAUUUGGACCUUUUCUGGUUUAAUCCCCCACAAGCUGGACUGUGACUACACAACAGCCUUUAAAACAAACCUUUUCUUCUCAUUGCAGUGCUUUGUUUUUAGUUUUUUUGUUGUUGCCGAGUAAUUACGCCACCAUCCCUGAGCCACAUCACCUGCCUUGUUUUAGGGCACUAGAAGGCCCAGGCGAGGGUAAAAGUGGCUUCGAGCAACGCAUAUGUUCUUCUAAUUGUUCAGUAUUUUUAGAGGAAAGCCAACAGAGCUUACCUGACUGAAAUUUAUUCCUGUAAAACCGUUAUUUUGGCUGAUCCAUAGCUAAAUUAUUAGCAACGUUAAACCUGAAGGGUUAAACACACACAGCUGUGAAGAAGGUUUGAUGUAAAGUUUCAACCAGGAAGUUGUACAUUACUGGUCCAACGCUGUUGAUAAUUGUUUGUAAUUUGAAGGAGUUUUCUUUUUAAAACAAGGUUGUGCCAUUUGAAGGGAUAAAAAUGGAGGCUUUUUGCUUGUUUCCCCCUCUUCAGCUGAGACUCCCGUUUACUUAUUUUUAACCCCCAUUUUUGUCGGGGGGGACGCUGUUCAAACUGAAGUGAUAUUGAGCCGCAGAAAUAAAGAAGCAAACAAGCCUGGUUGGAUGUAUAUGGUGGGGAACGUCAUUAUGUUUCUAACAACUUUUAGUUUUUUUUUUUUUUCAUUGACUAACCAAGUACUAACAUCAGAUAAUUGCUCUGAGCCUUCCGCAAUCUGUGAAACCUGCUUUUUUUUAUUUUAUUUUUUUAGCGUCAUGAAAUGUCAAUUUUCAUUGUCACUGCUGUAAAUCACAGCAUCUCAGAAAAGUGAGAAAUUAAAACUAUUGUCUCUUUUCAUGGGAUACCAGUGAAGUUAGGACACCCAAUGCAAUCGGUGUAUAGCUUGUAUAACAGUGUGGAUUUGCUUAUCAGAUUCUUAUGGUCUAGCUAAAGAUGUCUGUUUACAAAGGACAACCUCUGAAUAUGGCACGGAGUACGUCCACUCACCUAGUUUGGUCAACCAUGGCGGAUUCUGUCCAGCUAAGCUGCUGCUGCCGCUCCGUUUCAGAGUCUUAGCAAUCUUCUUACACCAUCGGCCAUCUUUGUUUACAGCAACAGGUUUUUGUUUUAGAUCCUCAAGAUCCAUGAGGUGCCAUGUUGAGACCAAUUUGGAGAAGACUGCAAAUUCACUCUGUCAUACAAGCUGUACAUUGGCCACAUUGCGUCAAAGUGUCAUGUGUUCAGCGUUGUCCCAUGAAAAGAUGUGAUAAAAUAUUUGCAAAUAAACGUGAGGGGUGCACUCGCUUUUGUGAGAUGCUGUAUCUUCUAUGGUUUAUGCAUGUUGUAAUUAAAUUAUGGCUUUCGACUCAUGAUCUGAAUGUGAUGUAUUUAUAAUAAAAGAAGCUGGCUGUUCAAAGUGCUUUAUUCAAGCAUAUUAAUUAAAAA